CGAGGGAGGCUCGUGCACGCGCCUCGCUCGCUGCGGUGCGCGAGCAGCGCGCUCCCGCCGCCCGCGUCGCCAUCUUUUCCCCCUCCGUCCGUCUGUCUGCCGUUGGCUUUGUCCGUCAGCAGCGCCGCCGCUCGGCUCACCGCCCUCGGCUUGGCCCGCAGCUGCCCUCCGCCUGCCGGGGCCCGGUCCCGGAGAGCCCGGCCUGGCCAGCCCGAGCCGCAGCCCGGGGCCCAUUGUCCGGCGGUCCGUCUGUCCGGAGGCGGGGCCCAGGGACCCGGAGCGCUGCGCAGCGCCGAGGCGCCGGAUACAGAUCGCUGGGAUCCAGACGAGUGUACUUUCCUCCGUGGGAACCGCCACCAGAGCUGGAGAUAUGAUAGAAGACUGCCUGAAAGCUGCUUCCUUUGCCACUUCCUGUGGAGGCCUGUCUUUGCCAUUUGCGGUUUCUUUCUUCUUUUGGUCAGCACCCUGCAAGGAGGUAGUGACAUAUCCAGUUGUGAAACUGGGAAAGGCCAGAGCUCUUGGAUCAGGGAAACAUGUCCCGUCGGAAACAGACAAAUCCAAAUAAAGUUCACUGGGAUCAAGUAUUUGCUGGGCUAGAAGAGCAAGCCCGCCAGGCGAUGAUGAAAACUGAUUUUCCUGGAGACCUUGACGGUCAACGACAAGCUAUCCAACAACUAAGAGAUCAGGACUCCAGUAGCAGUGACAGUGAGGGUGAUGAAGAGGAGACCACACAAGAUGAAGUCUCUUCCCACACAUCUGAGGAAGAUGGAGGGGUGGUCAAAGUGGAAAAAGAGUUAGAAAAUGCAGAACAGCCUGUUGGUGGGAACGAAGUGGUAGAGCAUGAGGUCACAGAGAAUUUGAAUACCGACCCCUUACUUGGACUCUGCCAGUGUCCCCUCUGCCAACUAGACUGUGGGAGUCGGGAGCAGCUGAUUGCUCACGUGUACCAGCACACUGCAGCAGUUGUGAGUGCCAAGAGCUAUAUGUGUCCUGUCUGUGGCCGGGCCCUUAGCUCCCCAGGGUCAUUGGGUCGCCACCUCCUCAUCCACUCGGAGGACCAGCGGUCUAACUGUGCUGUGUGUGGAGCCCGUUUCACCAGCCACGCCACGUUUAACAGUGAGAAACUUCCUGAAGUACUUAAUAUGGAAUCCCUACCCCCAGCCCACAGUGAGGGCCCCUCCAGUGCCGAGGGGAAGGACAUUGCCUUUAGUCCUCCAGUUUACCCCGCUGGAAUUCUGCUUGUGUGCAACAACUGUGCUGCCUACCGUAAGCUACUGGAAGCCCAGACCCCCAGCGUACGCAAGUGGGCCCUCCGUCGACAGAACGAGCCUUUGGAAGUAAGGCUGCAGCGGCUGGAACGAGAGCGCACAGCCAAGAAGAGCCGGCGGGACAAUGAGACCCCCGAGGAGCGGGAGGUAAGGCGCAUGAGGGACCGCGAGGCCAAGCGCCUGCAGCGCAUGCAGGAGACAGAUGAGCAGCGGGCACGCCGGCUGCAGCGGGAUCGGGAGGCCAUGAGGCUCAAGCGGGCCAAUGAAACCCCGGAGAAGCGGCAGGCCCGGCUCAUUCGGGAGCGGGAGGCCAAGCGGCUCAAGAGGAGGCUGGAGAAGAUGGACAUGAUGUUGCGAGCUCAGUUUGGCCAGGACCCUUCUGCCAUGGCAGCUUUAGCAGCCGAAAUGAACUUCUUCCAGCUACCUGUGAGUGGGGUAGAGUUGGACAGCCAGCUCCUGGGCAAGAUGGCCUUUGAGGAGCAGAAUAGCAGCUCUCUGCACUGAACCACAAACACCUUCCUGCCUGCCCUCCUGCUCACCCGCCCACCCAAGCCCACAGGGACCAGUGCUGCAGCCACCCACAGGGCCCUGUCCUUACUGCCAUAGGCAGGCCCUGGUUUGUUGCAGAUGGACCUGUGCACUCCUUGCAUGUCGGAGCAGGAUGAUGGGGUCAGCAGGAAACCAGCUCAAGGCUGGACAAGGGAGCAGGCACUCCACAGAACUGGACUCCCCAGCCCACUGCUGCAGGGCAUGCUGUAGGACUGUGGGGCCCCAGGUGGCCCAUGGAGUUGUAAGGGCAAAUAAAUUAAUUUUAUCUUUA